AUGAGGGGUUACCUGAAAACAACGGGGUGGGUAUUUAAACUCCAGGCCGAAACCACUACAGUAGGAACACAUAGGGAUUGCGAUUUAUGUUUACAGGUAAGGUCAUGAUGUUACAUCCUCAAACUCCUAAUUUCUGUCUGUACAAAACAUAAAAUGCUAUUAUUUUAUUUUAUAUAAUAUAACGAUAAUGUAAUAUAACGAUAGGCUACCGGGACACACACCUAUCAGCCAAAACUGGAUUGAUUGUGGGAAAGCCCUCUGUAUUGAUGUUGGUAAUAAUAAUAAUAAUAAUAGUCAUCUGUAUUGAAAAAUAUAGAACUGAGUAAUACAGUAAAUAUGUCCUGAUCUUGGUAUUGGAAUACGUGUGCUGGCUUUAUCAAUUUUUAAAUGUGAUCUUCUGUACAGAAUUACUAUUAUAUUGACUGCUUUAUGCGCAUGAUUGACAGAAUGGAGGAGUUGAGGAGCAUCAUGCCCUUAUCGAGUGGAGCAAAUCAGAGCCAUGCUUUGUCCUGAGUGACCUGAACUCCGCCCAUGGUACCUAUGUCAACGACUGUCGUAUCCACAAUGCAGCCGUGCGUCUAACCCCAGGCGAUGAACUGCACUUUGGCUAUGGAGGCUCCACAUACCAGUUAGCUGUAGAAAGCCCAUCUAUG